UCGAACGGAACGAAUUAUUAAUAACAAGAAACUGUGGAAAUUGAGCAAACUUUAUUUACUGCAUUCGCAGUUCAGUGGUAUGUGUAAAAUCGACUGUGUAUAUUAUUAUGUUUGCAAGUUACUUGGUUUCUAAAAGUCCACAGUAAGGUCUCCUAAAGAAUUUUAAUCGAUCGAUUACAUUUCAAUAUGAUGGACAAUUGUUGUGCUCCACAAUGGGCAGACUUUACGAGCAGCCCACAAUUGCCUUCCGAUAAUUAUUUUGAGCUAGAACACGAGGUACACAGUACUCAGAUAUACUCAAAGACCAACUCAAAAGUUGAUGUACCCAUAUUGUGUAAAGAGGAAAACCUGGAGAAGUCUUCAGUUGAGGAAAGCUAUUUCGAUGACAGCUUAGAAUCUGUUAAAGAAGCAUGUCCCAAUGUAGCAUACUUCAUACCACACGAUAAUAAAAAGCAACCUGCAGAAGGGACGAACAACGACAUUUUGAAAAAGGAAAGGCAAACCUCCAAGUUCAGUAAUCUCUACGACACAUGGAAUGUCUCUGUAACUGACUUAACAUCUGCAUUGAAGUCAACAUCAGAACCACAGAGGCUAACCGCAGCAAGAGAAAGGAUCAGAAAAAGUGCUCGUCUGAGGGAAAUGAAGAGCACCAACUUUCGUAAAUCACCAGCAAAAACUUCUAGACAAACGGCCCCGACAAAGGUAAAGAUUGAACCGACCGAAUAUUCGAAGAUCACCGAAUGCACGGAGGAUCCCGAGACGGACGAGAGAUUAUCCUACAAAGUUGUUAAAACGCAACGAAGACAGUCCGAUCUGUUCAAAGCGAAACGAUCGCAGCCCAAGGUGCUCACAUGUCAAUAUCGCAGGCGAAGUCUGAUGAAGUACCACAGGCGUUCGAAUCAGUUCGUAAGUAUGGCUGAGGCAAUCUCCAAGUUUCAGAACGGUACACCUCAACGGUUUCGUACAACCAGCAACAAAACCAUGAAGCCUGGCCCAUUGAUAAAAUUGAAACGAUCACCGUUGAAGUUGACCGUCGCGGUGUCGCCUGCGUUGAGGUGCAAGCAGAGAGUCAGGCACACGAAUGUAAUGACCAAAGAAGAACGUGAGGCCAUGGAACUGCAGGAAAUGAGGAAGCAUCAGAUAAAAGCAAAUCCAGUACCGGUUAACAUUUUGAAGGGACCGUCCUUGCUGAAGAAAGUCGCCAAGAAACCCUCCACCGUCACGGAGGAGUUUAAGCUGUCGAAGCCGAAGAAAACACGGCACACGAUGGUUCCAGGAAUAAACGAACCGGAUGAUAAGAAACAUACUCAUAAAAGCACCGUACAGCUCAGCCGUUCCGUCAGCGCCUCGAACGUGACCCAGAAAACCGGUAAGGAACAAGCUCGUAAGAGCACUGUGUCCUUGAAUCGUUCCACCAGUGCAUCCACUGUUAAAAAAGAGUUUAAAGACCAGGGUCAUAGGAACACGGUACCGAUCGAUCGUUCCAUUAGUGCCUCGAGUGUCGCUAGAAAAGAGCACAAAGAACAGAAUCGUCAUGGUAGCACGUCGAUCAGCCGUUCCACGAGUGCCUCUAGUAUCUCCAAGAAAGAGGACGUUAAACAGUCCACGGAUACUGCAUCGAGACCCACGAAAAGCAUUCUACCGUUCUGUUUCGAGGCACGCAACAAAGAAUUCCAGUCGAAGAGGGUGGAGAAACUGAAGAGCUUGCAGGUCCAGGAAUACAGUAAACUAAAGACGGAGUUUCACGCGAGACCGAUACCGAAAUUCACCAAGCCACUGAAUCCGGUCAAGGAACCGAUUAUAAAGAAACGAACGGUGGCACCGUGUCCCUUCAGCUUCGCUGAACGGGACAAGAGUCUUGCUAAGAAGAAGGAAGAGCUGGUCAAGCAAAUGCAGGAGAAUAGUAAAAAGGUGAGGGUGUUUCACGCCAGUCCAGCGCCGACUUUCAAGCCGGUGGUGGUGCACGGUUUGUCCAAAGAGAAGAACGUCACGAAGAAAAUGACAAACAGUGCCGAUCAAGAGAACAAACAACCGAAUAUAAUCGUCGUUAAUGAUACUAAUAAGAAGGAAACGAAACAGCAAAUUGUAAACGACGAGAAACAUAUGAAAUCGGUUGAAAGUACGGAUAAUGUGAACGACAACGAGAAACAGACCAUUAAUCAAAGGAAAUCCGUUGUAUUUGAAUUGAAUACCGAUAAGAGAGCAAAGGAACGAUGCGAGUUCGAUGAAAAACUGAAGAAACGGGAGCAAGAGCUGGAAGCGAAACGACGGGAAGAGGAGAAAAAACGAUUAUUAAAAGAAAAAUUCGAAAGAGCGGAACUACGAAAACUGACGGAAGUGAAGGCGACACCGAUGCCAGUCUACAAACCUGUGGUCGUAUUAAAAUCCACUAAGCCACCGACCAGCCCGAAAGAUCCGAAGUGGGCGCAUGCGAGCAAAUUGAAAAGCACAUCGUAACUUUUCAAUCUAUUUCCCUGUACAGUUUCAAAUUGCACUGAAUACUAUUGCCAGCAUAUUUUUAUACCAGAACAUAUUAUGUGUUAGACGAUACUUCGUUAAGGAUA